CUUGUCAUUUCACAUUCAUAGUACCAUUGAUGACUUUAUUUCAGAAUUAAAUUAAACAUUGCAUAUUUUAUAAAAAUAUAUCAAAUUUGAGUGACCUUUUGGAAAAGUGUGUGUUGAGAGAUAUAAUUUGUGUACUUAAUGUGUAGUUAAACCAUCUUUCGCGAAACUUUAAUUCUUACUCAUUUCUAUAUAAUCGAUAUAAGUAAAUAACUUCUAUAUUUUCCUCUGAUUUGUGACUAAUUUUCUGACAAAGUGAUGAGAUAGUAAGAAGUUACCAUGUCACUAGAACGUGAGAGUAUGGGUGUAAUGCCCCCAAUCCCCGUGGGCAGUGGGCCCUUAGACCCUCGUUCACAGCUACUCCAAGAAAUGAGGGACCAGAACUUUGACCUUAUAAGAUUUGCAUCUUAUAGAACAGCGUGCAAACUCCGCUUUGUCCAAAAGAAGUGUAACUUACAUGCAAUAGAUAUAUGGAAUGUAAUAGAAGCCUUUCGGGAAAAUGCACUCAAUACUCUAGAACCGACUGCCUGCGUCAAUGUCACCAGAUUGGAGACUCUUGUGUCGUCAUUGUAUCACAACUUGAAUAAAAGAUUACCACCUGCCAAUCAAGUGUCAGUUGAAGCAUGUUCUGCUUUGCUUUUAAAUUGGCUGCUCUCAGCAUACAGUACAGGAGAAAAUGUGGGAAAAAUUAGAGUUUUCUCCAUUAAAGUUGCAUUGGCCACCAUGUGUGCUGGGAAACUUAUGGAUAAACUAAGAUAUAUAUUUUCUCAACUGUCCGAUGGCAACGGGCACUUGUUAAUGAAGAGACUGUCGGACUACCUACGUGAAGUUCUAGCUCUCCCUGCAGCUGUGUAUGAGUCUCCGUCGUUUAGUUACAAUGAUAACUUGGCAAUAUCUAUAUUUAAUCAGAAUGUUAAAAUAACAGUGAACGAUUUCUUAGACACCUUGAUGUCAGAUCCGGGACCGCCAUGUCUCGUUUGGUUGCCCCUAUUACACCGCCUUGCCAGCGUUGAGAAUGUGGUGCACCCGCUGGCGUGCAGCGCGUGCCGGCGCGGCUCGCUGGCGGGCUUCCGCUACCGCUGCACGCGCUGCGCCGCCUACACGCUGUGCCAGGACUGCUUCUGGCGCGGACACGUCACGCCGCCGCACUGCAACGAGCACGAGGUCAAGGAGUACGCCACCUACAAAUCUCCGUCGAAGCAGAUCGGCGCGACGCUCCGCAAGUCGUUCCGCUGCGUGCCCGAGCGAGCGCGCCCGCAGCUGCCGCGCUACCCCGACCAGCCCGAGCGGACCCUCAACCUCAGCCACAUCGUUCCGCCGUCCCCGGUGCCGGCCCACAACGGGUUCCCGGAGUACGCGGGCGGGUACGUCAACACGGGCUCGCUCGACAGCCGCUCCUCCAGGUCCACGCAUCGCAGUAUAGCGGAACAUCUGACCCGCGGCGUCGACGAUGAACAUCGCCUCAUAGCGAGAUACGCGGCUAGAUUGGCACACGAAAACCGCACCAUGCCAAGAGCCGGCAGGUCGGCUUCUCUGACACCAGAAUUGGGCCGUUCAUCAUCGGAGGGUUCAGAAGUGGACGCGGCGAGACAGCAACGCGAGCUGAUAUCGCAGCUCGAGGCCAAGAACCGGGAGAUAAUGAGAGAGAUCGCUCGUUUAAGACGGCAACAAGAAGCGGAAGCGGUCGGCGGCCCGGGCUCCGCCCCGCCCCUCGUGUCCGAGCUGCGGGCGCUCCGCCAGCGCAAGGACGAGCUGGAGGGACACCUGUCCUCGCUGCAGGAAUCCAGGAAGCACCUCAUGCACCAACUGGAAGGUCUUAUGAGGAUGCUUAAGACCCAGCAGUCCAGUCCCAGAUCAACACCGAAUUCAUCUCCGCGAUCGACGAAAAGUCCUCCGCUGCCUGGAUCACAACCGCAGCCUUCCGCGCCAGAGAGGGAGCCCGUGUCGCGCGGCGCCGUGCGCAGCGCGCCGCAGACGCCGUCGCUGGGCGAGCGCGAGCGCAUCGACAUGACGCACAGCCUCGGCGCGAUGGAAUCAAUGGGAGGAGAUCCUAGAGGUUUUCAUCAGAACCAACGACCUACUACGAUGGGCAUAGACAACAGAAGUCUACGAAGCGAUCUGCUGUACGCCGCGGAUUCAGUAACGAACGCUAUGUCGACUUUAGUUCGAGAACUUAAUUCGGAGGGUUCAGACACAGAGGAUACAGUCAAAGGAGGGUUGGAGGCUAGGAAGAGACGGGAUUUCGAAGAAGAUGAAGACAGCGAUGAACCAAUGCCGCGACCGCAGCUUCCACGGCACUACAUACACGACAACAAUGUUCAGAACUUGCCACCUAGUGUUAUUACGUCAUAAGUAGUGUUUGAGGACAUACCGCCUCCGCUCCCGGCUCGUACGGGUCACUAUUACCCGCGCACAUAGCUCUAAAGUAUACGUAAUUUUAUAAAAAAUCACAGUAGUUUGUUGUUGAAGCGACCUUGGGUUAUAUACCAAUCAUCUUGUUAAAAAAUUAACUUGGUAUUUCGUAUAGGCUCGUUUUUUAUUUAUAACUGCUAUAAACUUACAUGUUACCCUUAAUCAUAUUGAUCCUUAUUGCAGGGGAUUAAAGUUCAAAUUGAAAUGCAUAUACAUAAUACGUAUUGAAUGUCAGGCAGUUUCUUUAAAUAUUGUAAUACAUUUCUUUUUUGUUUGUUUUUUGUGCAUAAAAAUUGCGUUAACUUUAAGUAUUCGCAACUUAACAGAUUAUAUAUUAAUAGAAUAAUACGUACAGUUGCACAGACAAUUGUAUCAGAUAUAAUUAUUGACGUAAGAAUUAUUAUUUAUUAUCGAAUUUUAAGGAUUCAUAUUUAAGUCUUAUCUUGUCUGAUUGUAAUUGUAAGAUUGUCUUCAAAAUUAAUAAAUUUUGUAACUUUUGUUGCUGAUUGUACUUUUAUUCGGAAAUAAAAAAAAUAUGUAGUCGAAAAUAAACAGACUGAUUAUACAUUAACGAUUGAUAUAAUUACAAACGGACACAUCGCUACAUUGUAUCGCAAUAUUCGUUUAUUUUUAUAUAAAAUCAGUAAAUAAAUGAAAUAAAUAAGUUCUCAGUUCCAAGUUGGCAAGAUAUAAAUUGAAGUUGGCAGUUCUCACAUACCAAACGUAAAGACUUGUUGUCUUUACUUGUACUUAUUUAAGUGUGUAGUAAUUUUCGUUGAUUUAAAGUAAGUCAUUUUAAACUUCGAAUUUUAACCCUCUCAAUCGAAAAAUAUGAAAAAUAUUUUUUGAAAGUUUAGUUUUAAAUUAAUUUUAAAAUCUUAAAGUACCUUUGGUUGUUUGAGUCUAGUCCUUAGCUUUAUAUUUUUUUAAAAGCUCAAAAUGUAUUUUUUUUUUAAUAGGUAAUUCCGUUACCCUUCCCCUUCUGUCUUCCAUUUGUCAAUUCCUUCCAAAAUGUACAAAAAUGUCAAUUGAUACUUCCUUAAACAUCCUUUGCCUAUUUUCACAUUGAAACCAUUUUAAUCUCCCCCAAAACUUGAACGUAUUGCUAAUACGAACAUUAUAUAAUAUGUCUUAUUUGUUUUAAUCAUAGUUUAAAUUUAUUCCCAUUUAAAUUUAAACCAUAUUUUUUUAGAAUUAAAAAAAAAACUUUUGGUAUAUGUAAUUUUAAAAACAAAAACUAUGCUUUAAGGCAGAAUAUUUUUAUUCCAUUAAAUAUUUGUGGUUAAAAACUCUUUCGUUCAAUUUUGCGGGUUAUCAACCUUUCGAUCCUUAAGCACACCGUUGCAUUCCCAUACGGUAGCGAAAUUUUCUCUCGUUCUUUCUUAAACGGUUUGUAUAGUCUUGUCCUUGUCAGUUUAUAAUAUGGCUCGAAUAAUUCGUGCGAAGGCGUGACUAUCUCAUUUUAUCAACAAUCUGUUGUAUUGCAGUAAAAAUAUUAUCGAGCAGAUUAUCCUUUAUAAAUAUUAAGACUGAAAACAUUGGUGUACCACCGCGAAUGCCAAAAUUUUUCAAACCAAAAUCGUUUCAUUGUAUUUUUAUUCUGUGGCUGCUUCGUUUCAUAUUACUAUGAAUUAAACUAUGAUAUUUGGUGAUCAGGGUUGCCAUUCGUAUUUAUUGAGUAUUUAUAUAAUAUUGACUCGUCAAAGUGCAUGGGACUACACGUAGGUGUUUAUUUAAUCUUUAAAUUAAUUUGUUUCGAAUUAUUUUAUGUAACCAAAUGAAAAGAAAAAUUUAACAAUUUAUCUCUACGUUAUGUUAAAUCAUGAACUACUUCAUAAAGAUUGUGUCGCUCCAAAAAGGCUCUUGACCAACCAGAUGUAACUUUGAAAUGGCGAAGGAUCUUUCAUUUUAUUCAUUACAAACAAAUAUCAUUAAAAAUAUUACAUAUAAUUUCGCAGAAUUUUUGACUUUAGUC